GGGAUUCACAGCAGAGAAUAAAUAUAUUUUUCCUUUAUUUUCUCCUCCAGCGACUGAGCUGCCUGCAAGGUGUGGGUGGGAGAGUCUCUGCACUGACACAGGGGGAUACAGCAGGUGAAGUGGAAAGUUCUGAAAAAUGACCAUAACUAGCCCCACUGUUGGGAUCUUCUCAAGAGAUGGCAGAGAGAAUUACAACUGGCUGAUAAGUCUGUUACACCAUAUAUCGUUCUACAAUGUCCUCCCCAAGUACGUCAGCAACCGCUUCAUGGAGUUCAAGGAGAAUGUGUCCAAGUGUUCGUUCGCCAUCCUAUACCACACUCUGAAGAGAGGGAGGCUGAACAUUACAGAUGUGACUGACUGUUUGUAUGAUGAAGAGCUGGAAUAUUUAUGUCAAAUACUUGGUGAGAAGAAUCCACUACAUAAACUCUGUUCUACUGCUACAUGUGCUCCCCCCCCCCACUUAGAAAUAGGACAAAAUACCCCUGGUAUUGGGGUGCAGAUUUUUCAACAGCUGAAAGGCUAGAAAUGUUGAGAGGUACGAGAUCUGUAGACCAACACAGACUUCUGACCAACAAUAUCAAAAGAUACUUUUAGGCUAGGGCCAGCUAGCAAUCAUCUCAAUGAGUAUGACUUUUUUUCUUGGCCAGGCCGGGGUUCCUUUUUGUUUUGAAAAUUGAAUUAUGAAUGAUUUAAACCAGCAUUCCCAUGGCUGUUUGAGAAUGACAGCAUAGUUACAUAUUGCAGACUCUACCUACAGAUGGAGCUAACUGUGUCCUGACAUGACAAUGCAACUCAGCAACGUCAAAUAAAAGAGGUUUGGUAAUGAUCUGUUUGAUUGGAGUCACAUGACGACGUUGGGCAUGGAGAACCAUCUGAGCGAAAAAUUAAAGUAGAGUUUGCUCCAUCUAUAAUUGUUUUACUAAUAGAAAUGUCCAUUGCUCUACUUUGUGUGGUUGCCUCGUAUAAAAAUAGCUUGUUAUGUUUUAAUUAAACCUGUAGCCUUAGUAAUAAAAAAUACAUAGCCCUGAACCAAUGCUUAUACACGAAUGAAGCAAACACGUCUCAAAUUGUGCACCACAACACAAUAUUUCAAACUGUGCUCCAUCUGUAUUUCAAGCACUUGCUAUCUUUUGGCUCUAUUAUUGUAAAGUGGUAGUUAGUAUCACAGUCACUCCAUUAUUCACUUCUUGUUCUCUGUCUGUAGGCAAAGAAAAUGUCAUUGUAGUGAUAGAUGACCUGAUGGACAGCAGUGACGCUAAGAUGAGAGAAAUCAUACAUUCUCAACCGAGCAUUGAACGUUACGCUUGUAAACUCUUCCUUAUCAGUGAGAAGGAGAAAAAGUCAUGUAUUAUAGAAGGUUCUGAGGCAAAGUGGAGCGAGAUUGCCACAGAUGACUCACUUCAAGAGGAGCACAACUCCAUCACAGACAAACGUAAUCAGAUGAAGAAGAUCUUGGCCAGCUCCAUCUCACAGACAACAAUGAGCAGUUAUGCUAAAGGGGAUUCUUUCAAUUUCACCAGACUAUAUGACCAAGAUUUAUAUCCAAGAUGGUCCCGUGAUAAGUUAAACUACGCAGAAAAGGUAUACUUAAUAAUUGUCGGUGUACUCUUUGUCAUUCUGAUGAUCACAUUCUUUGCCAUCCAUGAGUAAAUCGGUUCAGAUAUGAUAGUGGACCAUUGUCUGGGAGCUCAGCGGGUCUCCACCUUCCUUUCUCACAAGACUUCAAAAGAUUUACUGCGACAAGAACCAACGCAACAUUCUCUGUAUGAUAAUAUGGGCUUGAAGUAUCAGGAUAUUGUAUUUGAUUUGGGCUGUAAAAAGAGGGGAAAUGAAACCAGUGGCCCAGGUGUAUGGAGGGCUCGAUGGGUUCCUUACUGAUGCCCAAAUUCAGUCUAAUAUAAGAUUUGCUGAGAUGACACUGCAAUCAAACAUGACUCCCCAGCCUUCCAUAGCCUCAACACUGAGGGGCAGAUUUAUUAAGGGUCGAAGUGGAUUCAAGGGAAUCUUCGAAGUUCAAAAAGUUCUAAUUUCAAAGUCAUUUUUUUGGAUACUUCGAUCAUCGAAUAGGCAACUACGACUUCGACUUUGAAUUUGAUUCAAAGUAAAAUCGUUCGACUAUUCGACCAUUCGAUAAUCGAAGUACUGUCUCUUUAAAAAAAACGUUGACUUCCAUACUUUGCCAAAUUAAACCUGCCGAAGUGCUAUGUUAGCCUAUGGGGACCUUCUAGAGCAUUUUUCGAAGUUUUGUAAAGUUAAAGUAAAAUCUUUCGAUCGAUCGCUGAAAUCCUUCUAAUCGUUCGAUCGAACGAUUUCACUUCGACCCCAGGAUAGCCAAAUUCUGGGAAAAAUCCUUCGAAUUCGAUAUUCGAAGUUGCAGUAUUUCAAUUCGAUGGUUGAAUUUCGAAGUAUUUACCACUUUGAAAUUUGACCCUUGAUAAAUCUGCCCCUGAAACUAUUUCGGCAAAUUUAUUAAAAUGUGAGAUUGCAGUUUCUUUGGGGUUUUUCUUUUUUGCAGCAACAAAAGAAGAGCGUUCUUCUCAAAAAGUUCCCAAAAUUGUUAGAAUUUGUGUUUUCAAAACUCGAAUUUUGAGUUUUCAGUAACCAAAAAACCCCUUGAAAAAAUUCAGCAAAUAAAACCAGAGAAGUUUCUAUAGACGACAAUGGGAGAUGUAUUAUCAACAUUCUGUUUCCAGUUGAUUUUUUUUUUAAAAAAUUUAAAUUUUUGUUGUGAUUAAACUUUAUGUGACCUAA